AUGAGUUUCUCUAAGUAAGAAUCAAUCAUUUAGUCAUCAUUAACAAAAUCGCAUAUGCGCUACUUGUCUCCUCAACUUGGAGAGCGCAAUGGAGGAUCUGUUAUUCAGCGAGAAACUAUAGUGAAUCCAUAGCUAAGAGAAUCCUAAUUUUUAUUAUCAUCAACUCCAAGAGAGACUGUCAUCCCUUUAGAUGUUCAAUACACUGUCACUAAGAAAGUGGAUUAACAAAAUUUCUCUGAUUAUGAAGUCAGGAUCCAAUCUCUAUUGCAUGAAGUUGAAUUGUGGAGAAAACGAUAUUUGGAUCUGAUGGCCAUGUAUGACAAGAACAUAGCAAAUGAAGAAGUGGUAUAAAUAUAGUAUGGAUUUUUAUAGAUUAAAUUAUAAGAGGCCAAGAUACAAUUGUUAUACGGGGAGAACAAUGAUUUGUAUGGAUAGAUUAGAUCCCUGAUCAAAGAAAAUGACGAAUUGAAAAUGAGAUUAAAUACAUAUGAAUUAAACAAUUCAAUUGAGGAGACAAAGAAUAACUAUGGUAUUAUUGGUUUCUAUGUUUUAGAGAACUUGUAAGUAUAAUUGAAGAGUAGAUUAGGGGAAUUGGAUGAAUGGAGAGACAAAUACAAUAAAUUGGAAGCUGAGUUGAGUAGGUACUAAGCAAUUGAAAUUAAGAAUGUGUAGGUUGAAGGGCAAUUGAAAGGACUUGAAGGUUAGGCUAAUUAAUGGUAAGAUAGAUAUUGGGAAAUGGUGGAUGAGAGAAAUAAAUUAUAAAAUUAAAUCUUCGAACUCAAUGAAAGACUGAAUGCUGUUUAAAUUGAGGCUGCCUAGAGAAACAAUGCAACUGAAAUCAAAUUAAGAGAUGCUGAAAUUCUGAAAUUGAAAAAUUUGAUUCAGCAUUUACAAGGUUAGGUUGAUGAAUGGAGAAAGAAGACUUUGUAAAUGGAAACUGAAGUUGAAUUAAAAUAAUAAGAUGUUGAAGCUUAGAAGAUGAAGAUAGUCAAAUUACAGGAAUAAUUGAAUAAUUUGAGCAUGACUAUUCAAUAAAAGAGUAAAUUAAUUAAUGAAUAGAAUCUUGAAAUUACUAAUUUACAAAAUAAAUUAUUGGAAAUCAAUGUAUUGAAUUAAGAAAUAGGCAAUCUCAAUGAAAUGUUAUAGGUAUAAUUGACGGCAAUGACAGAAUUAAGAAAAGAAAUUUCUAGAUUAGAGAAUAAUUGUGGAGAAUUGAGACAUGAAAAGUUGUUAAAGAUUGAAUUUGAAAGUGAAAAUAAAAGAUUAAUAGUGGCUGUUGAAGAACUCAAACAAAUAGCUAAUGAUAGAAAGAAUCAAUUGGAUGCACUCAAAAUUAAAUAUGGUAAUCUAGAAAUUGAGAAGAAUUAAAUUCAAUAAAGAUUGGAAGAAACCAAAUAUCUGACUACUUAAAUCAAACAAUUAAAUAAUGAAAAUUAAACAUUAAUUAGAAGAGUCAAAUAUUUAGAAGAUCAAAUUGAAGCUAAUAAAAUUGAAAUAUAAGAUUUGUAAGCUAGAAUUCAAUAAUUAAAAUUGUUUGAAAUUGAUAAUAAGAAACUCAAUGAGCUUAUCAUCUUGAAAGAUAAUGAAAUCUAAAAUCUAAGAAGAAAACUAACUUAAUUUGAAUUACAACCUAAGAGUAAAGACACAAGCGAAUUAGAAGCUAGAAUUAAAUCUUUGUUGAAUGUUAUUGAGUAAUUAAAAGCAGAAUUUGCUCAAUUAUAAGAACAAUAUGAUAAAUAAAGUAAGUAAUACAUGUUAUUGUCUUAAUAAAUGGUUUCAAUUGAAAUUACAUAAGAAACUCGUAUUGAAGAUAAAACUGAAGUGAACUAAUGGGCAUUAAAAUCUAAUCAAUUGUCAUCUGAAUUAGAUCUAUUAUCUAGAUUGAACUAAGAAUUAUAAACAAAUUGUGAUUUCUUAAAUGAUUAAAUGAGAUUGCUACAAAAAUAAUUAAUAGCUAGAAGAUAAGAAGUUGAAGACUGGAGAAGAUAGGCCGGUAAUUAUUAUGUUGAUGCUACCGAAGCUAAGAAAUAACUCAAAGAAUUAGAAGCACAACAAGCUUUAUUGAACACUGAAAACACCAAAUUACUUAAUGAAAUCAAAUAACUUAAAAGUCAAUUAAUAGAUGAAUAGAACAAUUCAUAAAAGAUUUCCUUAUAAUCUGUUGAGCAAAAUUUGAAAUCUUAAGGAGAAAUCAAUCAAAUGGUUUAAGACCUCUAAUAUUUAAAGAUUCAAUUGCAAAUAAAGACAGAAGAUUGUGAAAAUUAGAGAAGAAAAUACUUACAAUCAGAAUAGUUAAAUCACGAUUUAAAGGGAAUUGAAGAGAAAUAUACCUAUGCAAAUGCAUAACUCACUUAAAGUAAAUUGGAUAACGAAAGACUCAAUCAAUUAUUAAGAGAACAAUCUUAAAGUUAACCUUAGGCUCAAAAUAUUAACGAAUCUAAUGAAGUGCUUUAAUAAUAAUUGUAAUAACUCUAAAGUAGAUAUGAUAAAUUACAAUAAGAAUUCUUGAAUACAGCUACCUAGAUUCCUUUAUUGAAAUAAGAACUAGCAGACAAGGAUUUAACACCUUUAUAAAAGAGAAUUGAUGAAUUAUUAAAGGAAAAUCAAAAAUUAACUUUAGCCUUCCAAAAUAAGGUGAGAGAAUGUGAAGAGUUAAGAAGUAGAUGCAAUACCUAGGAAUCUAGAAUUACUGAUUUGAGAUUCUUGGAAAAGAGUUUACCUGAAUUAUAAGGAUAAAAUCGUUAAUUAUAAUAAUAAAUUGAAGAUUAACUUAAUGAGAUGACAUUAUUAAAUACAGAUAUUGAUAAAUUGAAUUAAAAAAUUGCCAAAUAUCAAUUAUAAUUGAAGAACUAUUAAAUUUUAUAGAAUGAAUAUGCUUCUUUGAAGAGCAUUAGUAAUGUAAAAGAUUAAGAUAUUGCUAAAUUAAAGACUUCUAACUAUUUGAUUGGAACAGAUCUAGAAAAUACUUAAAAGAUCAGAUAAGAAUACGUUGAUAAAUAUGAAAAGGCAGCAUCAGAAAAAGAGGAGAUCAAGGCAACAUUGACUUAAUUAUAGAUGGAAGUUGAUAGAUUAAAUAAUCGUCUAGGCAAAGCAGAAGUAAAGGCACUUGAAGCAGAAAGAUUAGGUUAGAAAUUAAUGAUUGUGGAAGGUCAAUUAGGACAAUCCUAAGAGGAAAACUUUGCAUUAUAAACCAAAAACCAAUAAUUGAGUAGUCAAGUAAAGGCUCUCCAGACUUAAAAUGAGAAUCAAGAGUUUAAGAUUAAUCAAUUGAUACCUUUUAGAAACCAAUGGGAAGAUUUAUAACAUAUUGUUUAAAAAGAUUAAAAUUCCUUGGCCAAUAUUUAAGUACAAUUAGCUUAAGCCACAGAGACAGCUAAUCAAUACUUAAAGGAUUUGUAACACGCUUAAGAGCAAUUAAAGAGCCAAGAAUAAUAGAUUCAAGAAAGAUCCAAAGUUAUUGUGGAAUUAGAAUAAGCAAAUGAAUAACAUAUUUCAUAAUUGAAUCAAUUCCAAAAAAGAAUCAAUGAAAUCUAAGAAGAGAAUUUCUAAUUGAAGGUUACAAAUCAAAAUGCAGUUUUGAGAUUAAAGAAAUUAGAAGCUAUUGAAACAGAUUAUGCCAAAAUUAUUGAGGAUUCUUAAUAAUUAUAAGAUUAACUAAAUGAUUUGAAAGAAAAAUUGAAAAUCAAAGAAGCUGAGGCUGCUUAAUUCUAAUAUUGGAAGGAAAGUUUAGAAUCAAGAGUAGCAUUGUUAGCCUCUGAAAUUGAAAGAUAAAAGCAUAUGGUCAAGACUAAAAAUGAUGAAAUUGAUAAUUUGAAGGAAGCUAAUCAACGUUUAGAAACAUUAGUUACUUAAUUAUCAGCUUUUGAAGGAGAUGCUAGAAGAUCUGAAGAAUAAAUUAUUUAAAUGAAAGGAUAAAUUGAUACUAUUAAACAAAACUUAGCUCUUAAAUAAAAGGAAUGCGAAGAUCUUAAGUAAAUUAAGGAAAAUGUUGAACAAAAGAACACCACCUUAUUAUAGGACAUAGAUUCUUUGAAAUCGAACCAAUUAACUUUAAGUGUUAAAUCUGAGGAUCUCAUAUAAGAAGUCUAAAGAUUACAAAACGAAUGCAAUUAAAUGAAAUAAUUUAAUGGAAUCAAAAAUGAAUUAGAAAGCAAAAUCUAAGCCUUAAAUAAAUAAUAGGAAGAGUUAUAAUAGUAAUUGCAAAGUAAGAACAGAGAGUUGUUGGAUUUGAAACAGAAAUUAAAUGAUUAUGAUUCAUAAAACUAAAUUAUCAAGCAAUUACAAGUUGAAGAAUAGAAAUUACAAUUAUAGAUUGUUACUUAAAAUAAAGAAAAGGAGGAAUGGCAUGCAAAAAUGGAUUUAUUAUAAAGAUAAAUUGAAAAAUUAGAAAAAUCAAAAAAUGAUCUUGAGAAUAAAUGCGCUCUGUUGGCAGGACAAUUAGAGGUCUAAAUUCAAAAAUAUUCAAAAUCAUAAGGUGAGAAUAGUAGAAUGAAUGAUCAAAUUGUCAUGCUUACAGAUGACAAUGAUAGAUUAACUUAAUCACUUCAAAAUGCAUUAAUCGAGUGUGAUGAAUUAAGAAAGAAAGCAUAACCAUUAUAGACUUCCUUUAUUCAAAAUUCAACAAUAAUUAAAUCAUCUUCAGUAGUUCAUAGUUGA